AUGGCUAAGUCAGUUAAAGAUAAGAAAGUGGAUAAGAAGGUUGCUAGCAAGAAGGAUGCUAAAGUAGCUAAGGUUGAAAAGAAGGUAGAGAAGAAGAAGAGCAAGAAGGAAGAAAGCUCAUCUGAAGAAGAGGAAGAAGAAGAUAGUUCAUCAAGUUCAGACUCCGAUUCAAGCUCUAGCUCUAGCUCUAGCUCAUCAUCUGAUGAAUCACCUAGCGACGAAUCAAGUGACGAAUCCUCGUCAGACGAAGAAGAAGAGGUAAAAGAAGAAAUCAAAGUAACUAAGAAGGAAAAAAGAUCUGACUCAAGCUCAUCAUCUUCAUCAUCAUCAUCUAGCUCAGAUAGCUCAGACAGUGAGGAGGAAGAAGAAGAAGUCAAAGAGGAAAUCAAAGUAACCAAGAAGGAAAAGAGAUCUGAUUCAAGCUCCUCCUCCUCCUCCUCCUCAUCAUCAUCAUCAUCAUCAAGUUCAGACAGCGAAGAAGAAGAGGAAGUUGAAGAGAAAGUUGAAGUCAAGAAAGCAUCGUCUUCCAGCUCAUCAAGCCUGAGUUCAGAAUCUGAUUCCGAUUCCGACAGCUCUAGCUCAUCAUCAUCAUCGUCAUCCGAUUCAGAUUCCAAUUCAAGCUCUGACUCCGACUCCGACUCCGACUCAGAGGAAGAAGUCAAGGAAACACCAAAGAAACGUAAGAUUGAGGAAGCAGAAUCAAUAAACACUCCGGAAAACAAAAAAGCCAAAUCUGAAUCAUUCACUACUGAUGAAGAACCAGCUACCAUUUUUGCUGGUAGAUUAUCAUGGAACAUUGACGAUGAUUGGUUAAAGAGAGAAUUCGAACAUCUUGAAGGUGUUAUUAGUGCUAGAGUCAUAAUGGAAAGAGCUACUGGAAAAUCAAGAGGUUAUGGAUACGUCGACUUCUCCUCCAAAUCAGCUGCUGAAAAUGCCAUUGCUGAGAUGCAAGGUAAAGAAAUUGAUGGUAGACCAAUCAAUUUGGAUUUGUCAACUGGUAAACCUCAUGCCACUAAAUCUAACAACGAUCGUGCUAGACAAUUUGGUGAUCAACAAUCACCACCAUCAGAUACUCUAUUCAUUGGUAAUUUAUCAUUCAAUGCUAACAGAGAUAAAUUAUUUGAAGUUUUCGGUGAAUAUGGUAAUGUUAUUUCAUGUAGAUUACCAACCCACCCGGAUACUCAACAACCAAAAGGUUUCGGUUAUGUACAAUUUAGUUCUGUUGAUGAAGCUAAAGCUGCUUUGGAAGCUUUGAAUGGUGAAUAUUUGGAAGGAAGACCAUGUAGGUUGGACUUCUCAGCCCCAAGAGAUAAUAACAACGGUGGUGGCAAUGGUGGUGGAUUCCGUGGUGGUCGUGGUGGAUUUGGUGGUGGUCGUGGUGGUGGCCGUGGUGGAUUUGGUGGAUUUGGUGGUAGAGAAAGAUCAGCUACACCAAGUGGAACACCAAGAAAAUCAGCUGCUACUGAAUUUAAAGGAACUAAGAAAACUUUUGAUUAA